AUGAAGAACUUGUUAUGGACUUUAAUCCAGCUAUCAAUGGCUUUUGCAUUGAUGAAUGCACACUUGGCUACAGACUGGCACACAGCAGCUCGUGUUGCCUGUGACAAAUUCGCAGACGUUGUCAUUAGUAAUGUGUCACGUAAUUCCGAAGAUAUCACCAAUAACGUUUCUCCACAUGCAACUAUCGCAUGCAAUGGCAGAUCAAUGUCUCGGACAGAUUUUAUGGUGGCGGCAUGCAGCGGCGGAUACAAAACCAGAGCUCCCAUGCCAUCGCAGGAAUUGCACAGCAGAGGACAUCUGCAUUAUAUCAAUUGGAAAGCCGCUGGAUAUGAUGUUGCUGUCUCAUUCAAUAAGGAGACCAGACUAAUCGAAGCAGUGACUUUGUUCAUAACGAGGGAUUAUUGA